GUUCUUUAACUUUGCAUAGUAGCCAGUUAUAUGGAGGGGAGGGGUAAAACCAGCGCUGGGGAUUAAAGCUCUCUGUUCAUUGAGCGUAAGUGCGCACUGAGCUGCAGCAGCAACAGUUCCUUUAGCAGCAAAGUUUCCUUACACAGAAAAGUUUAAUGGCUAAAUACAAGCCCUGGGUGGUGUGCUGCUUUAUCUUGGCUGGUUUAAUUUGCGCUGUUCCCCUUAUCUGUCUGUGCAUCUACUCACUUCUGGACGGAGGAUGUCCCGGCGGCAGCUUCAAGCGCGCUGCGGUGUCCGCAGACUCUCAACGUUGUUCCGAGAUCGGCAGGAACAUGCUCCAGAUAGGGGGGUCAGCAGUAGAUGGCGCCAUUGCAGCUCUUCUGUGCACAGCUGUGGUCAAUCCACAGAGCAUGGGGAUUGGAGGAGGGUCUAUAUUCACUAUAAGAAAUAAAACAGGAAAUGUCAAAGUCUACAACUUCAGAGAGACGGUCCCAAAGUUUUUCAAGACUGAUCUGUUAAAGGACUGUCCCACCACAUUCAGUCUGAGCACAGGCAGCCAGUGGAUUGGUGUUCCUGGAGAGCUGCGGGGCUAUGAGGAAGUUCACAAACAUCAUGGGAAGCUGCCUUGGGCCAAGCUGUUUGAGCCAACAAUUAAACUGGCCAGGGAGGGCUUCGAAAUUCCGCCUUAUCUGGCAUAUGUCCUGAGCCAACCCAUUGCAAAAAGUCUUGUGGAAAGCUCCUCUCUCUGCAAAAUCUUCUGCAACAAGAACAAAACAGUCCUGCGCAAAGGAGACACCCUGAAGUAUCCGAAACUCGCAGAAACCCUGGAAAUAAUUGCAAAGCAAGGGGCAGAUGCCUUCUACACUGGCAAGAUAGGACAAGACUUAAUCAAAGACAUAAAAGCUGCAGGUGGGACAUUGGAAAUGGAUGAUCUGAAAUCUUUCCGCGUGCGAGUGAUGGAUGCAUGGACAGUCCCUCUCGGAGAUACUCAAAUGCACAUUCCUCCACCACCUGCCGGGGGCGCCCUACUCACCUUCAUUCUCAAACUGAUGAAAGGGUUUCCCUUGAGUCCAAGCUCCCUGGACGGUUACCAGAAGAUUCAGAUGUACCAUCAUUAUAUAGAGGCAGCUAAAUUCGCCAAUGGACAAAGGAGGAGCAUUUGUGAUCCUGACUUUAAUAACAGGAGUGCAGAUCAUUUGAUUGAUCCUUCAUUCAUUAAUCACAUCAGGGAGAGGAUUUCUUCAAACCGUACCCAUGACAACUUCGACUACUACAGUAAAAAACCCUCUUCUGAUCACAUUGGGACAACACAUGUAUCAGUCCUUGAUGAAGAUGGACUAGCUGUCUCUGCCACCAGCACCAUAAAUCAAUUAUUUGGAGGAUCUGUUUACUCUCCAGAAACAGGCAUCAUUCUCAACAAUGAGCUGUCUGACUUCUGUGGGAGAGCAGAAACUAUGAGGGCAGGUGAACAGCCUCCUUCAUCAAUGAGUCCAGUAAUCCUGGAGUCAAAGUCUGGAGGGCUCCUUGUGAUUGGUGGAUCGGGAGGAAGCCUGAUUACCUCAGCAGUGGCCUUGGCAAUAAUGAAUCACCUGUGGCUGGGGAGAAAUCUGACAGCCGCCAUUGCUGAGCCUAUAUUGUUUGUUGAUGCCAAGAACAAUGUGAAUUUUGAGCAAAAUUUUGACAAGUCUGUGAUAGCUGGCCUCAAAGCUCUUGGACACAAAGUUGGGCACUGGCAAUAUUUCCUCAAUGUUGUCAAUGCCGUGGAAAAGAAGAAUGGUUGCAUUGUGGCUGUAUCGGACAAGAGGAAGAGUGGGAUGUCAGCUGGAUACUGACCAUAGGAGCACCACCUAAAUCUGCCCUAAAGAUUGACUGAACCAUUAGCCUUAAAGGCAUACUAUGCAGUUUUUAACGUUAACUGUCGUAAAUACCACUCACCAGAGCGGCUCUGCGUCUCUGCACUCAUGACCUGAUCCCCUCCCCCCUGUAUACCAGUACAUGUUCAGUAGGAUGGAAGCUUCGGACAUCGAACAGGCAAAAAUAGACUCCGAAGAUGUCUACUGACCAGGUAACGUCUGAGUGAAUGCCUGCUAGUGUCUUCCACUGAGGCUGCUUCUUGUGUCGCUGAUGUAUGUGACGUUGCGCCGUGAAGCAAUUUGUGAUUCUCGCAAGAUUUGGCGGGGCGCCGCCUUUCAGACUUGCAUUGCUGGUUCUGCCAACGGCGUCCCUCUCCUGCGUUACUAUCGGGAUGAUUCGCUAUACUACGAGUUCGUUUACCAUCGAAAUGACUUCAAAGCUGUUAUAUUAAGGUAAAAAUCUUGCAUAGUGUGCCUUUAAGAACAAUGAAUGUGCCAAACCCAUGACAACAAAAUGUGAGGUUUUUUUGUUGCUUGAGCUCUUUCCUAAAGGAGCUGAUGACCAAUACAGUCGGGAAACUACUAAGCUUAAUGGAUAAUUCCCAUUUAGUUGUAUUUGUAGGUUUGGGCAUUGGAUAACAUUGUACUCACCAUAGUAAAUGCAGAGAUCUUGGAAAUCUACAUGACUCAAAAGAAGUCAGAUGGGGCUAGAAACACAAGUGGUCAGACGAGCAGAUUAUCUGAACCGCUUUCUUUGGAGGUAAACUGAAAGUAUGAGUUUUCUUUCCCAAGUCCGGUGUUUCCACUUCCUUUUUAAAUCUACAAAUUGAAGAUGCGAAUGAAAGAAUUUCUUUUGGGGCCUUUCUUACAUUGCUGGAAGCUGAGAACUAUGUAUUCAAACUCUAUAUAUAGUUUAACUAUAUGUAACAUUAUAUAAAACUAUUAUUUGUUUUAUGAGGAAAACAUGCCAACCAUUUGAUGUUCUGCUCCACAUUGUGGCAAGAACAUCCUGCAAUCUAUAAAGUGAGCAUAAUCCUUGCACAACUUAAUUUAAUAGAUGUUGAUUACGAACCUUAGACCUUAAAUCAGAGUUCUGAGCAACAUCCUCAAAGUCUUUCUAAACUGUCAACGAAAAAUGAGGGUUGACGACAGGCAUUUUGGCAGAAAAACCAUAGCCUACAACCCAGCCAACACUCAACAGCAAGUAAUACAAUCUAAAAUAAUCUAAAAUGACAACAAAACUCACUCAACACAUAGACAAAUUAACUGUUGAUGAGAGGUGUGAAGGAGGUUCAGCUAUACAACUGCCUUGAGUGCACAAACAGAAUGUUAAUAAUAAGUCAGCUGUCUGUCUGCAGCUUGCAUCUGAACAGAAUUGGCUAAUAUUCACCUGUGAAUUGCCAAAUAAUAUCUGUAUCACUUGCUUCAUUUGCAGUGAAUGCAGAGUCGGUGACUCAUACCUGAAUACUGACUUCUGUUCUCUGUCUACGUUUACUUCUGCCAGAGCCAGAGGAAUAUGUCGGACUUUUGUUUUGUUUGUUUUUACCAUCGUAUUUCAGCAGCAUAAUGAUUAGUUGGGCAGUUGCUGCAGCACCUUUGCAAAUCAAAUCUAUUCACUGACAUGAUCUGACAUGAGCUUUCAACAGCAUCUUAUAGUCUUCAUCACCAAAUGGUGUUUGCUCAGUUCUCAUGGUUUCUGGAAAGGCAAAUAACUGGGCCCUGGACUGUGAUUAGUGUGUCCAAAUUUUGGUAAUUCUUCACAUUCAACCACAUAAUUAUCAUAAAUACAGUUAUCAUUACAUAUAUACUGUACAUUUCAGUAACCUUAGAGACUUUUUAACAGUUUUAUGUAUAUAUAUAUAGUUCAAUAGUUUUUAUAUUUAGUCUGACUACUCAGAUUUCUUGCCCCAUCGGUCUUCUUUUUAGUGAUGUUUCCAGAUCUCAGCAAUUAACUUGAGUGAGUGUGAUUGACAGAAAUGCUGGACAAAUCUAAUAAUAAAAUAGGACUCAUCCUUUGUACCGAUCAGACCACUCCCUAUAAACACAUUUUCAAGCCAGCCAGUCGUCACAAAUGCACGGUGGCGUCAUGUGAGGUAACAAUGUAGACUAAUGCACAAUAAGCACACCGUGAGGUUGCUACUCUUACUGCUGAUAUCUGCUUUCAUGAGGAUUACACACUCCUGACCAAAGUGUAAUGUGUGUGCAUCGUGAGCCAUAAUGCAAAUCGGCUGCAGUCUAGCAAUACAAAACCAGCAAGUCUUUUCAUAUUGAUGAAUGUUUUAAUUUCUACGUAAUUCUAUGUAAGUUUACUGUAAAUGAGCCAUUGAACCCUUUCAAAGUGACAUCCUGACUGACGUGUGACCUUAAAGAUUUUAUUGAAUGUGAAACAACCUUAGUGAGGUCCCUGAGCAUUAUGUGAUCUUUGUUUAAAGAUUAGAAUAUGCUGUAGAUUCACAAUGAACUAAAUGAUCUCAAAAUUGUAUGUGUAUUUUCACACCACAUGUAAUUUUGUAUUUUCUGUGUUUUGUAAAACUGUUUUUUUUGACUCAUUUUGACUGUGAAUAUCUGUGUUUUCUCAAUAAAACAUAAAGACGAGUAA